AUGGCGGACUACAGAGUAUGUGCAGCAACUGCCACACUGCUUGAAUCACAGCACUUCACUAAUCAGCAUGUUCUCAUAGAGGCAAGUUGGCUCACUGCAUCUCUACGAGGAGUGUUGGGCAUCUUCAGAAAGCAAAUAUUCCAAAUGGCUCACUGUCUAGUGAAGCUUUUUGAUAUGUUUCGACCUACUGACAGUCGUCGCAUUGUGAUACCAGUAGACCCUUCCAAAGUGGACUCAAAGCUAUGUGGAAGUACACUUGCAAAAAGGAAUCCAUUCAAGAUUGAGCAAUUGUUUGAGAAUGACAAUAGGUGCAAAGUGGGUGAAGGAAUUCACAGAAAACCCAGCAAAAUACCUGUGCUGAUAAGAGUAAAGAGGCCAGACAUAGUGCACGCCUCAAAACCUAUUGCCAACGCCACAAAAUCACCAAAGCCCAGAUACCUAAGUCCUAAGCAGGCACUGAAGCAAUAUAAAAACAAGCUUUCAGCAUUUGAACAACAAGAAAUCAACAGCUUCAGCGAGAUCUAUUUUGUUGGUCCACUUGCUCAAAAGAGACAAGGUGUCAAUGGGGCCCCUUACAAUGGAGGAUAUGAUGAUAAUCACGGAGGAUACAUUAUGGUACAGCAUGACCAUUUGGCGUACAGAUACGAAAUUUUAAAAGUAAUUGGGAAAGGAAGCUUUGGACAAGUUGCAAAAGUCUACGAUCAUAAGUUUCAAAAGUAUGUAGCCCUGAAAGUGGCCAGGUAUGUGAAUGCUAAACAAGUGCUAGAGGAAAUCAGAAUUCUAGAACACCUGAAAAAACAGGACACAAAUGGAAGCAUGAAUGUUAUUCACAUGCUCGAGAACUUUACUUUCCGCAAUCACAUCUGCAUAACUUUUGAGCUGCUGAGCAUGGAUUUGUAUGAGCUCAUGAAGAAGAACAAGUUCCAUGGUUUUAGCAUGCAUUUGGUACGAACGUUUGCACACUCUAUUUUACAAUGCUUAGAGGCACUGCACAGGAACAAGAUCAUCCAUUGUGACUUGAAGCCUGAAAACAUUCUCCUUAAGCAAGAAGGUCUCUAUGAAAUCAAGGUUAUAGACUUCGGGUGCAGUUGCUUUGAACACAAGACAGUGUAUACUUACAUACAGACUCGCAACUUCCGAGCUCCUGAAGUUAUUCUUGGAAGUCAUUAUGGAAUGCCUAUCGACAUGUGGAGCUUCGGUUGUAUACUUGCUGAGCUCUUGACUGGCAUACCACUGUUUGCUGGAGAGGACGAGGGAGACCAGAUUGCACGUAUGAUUGAGCUACUUGGAAUCCCUUCACCAAAACUCAUACAAUCUAGCAAAAGAGCUGGGCAAUUUCUAACUUCUGAUGGCUAUCCACAAUACUGUACAAUCACUAAACUUCUCAAUGGAAGAACAAUAGUGAAUGGUAGCAUGUCACGGGGAGGCAAAAUGCGUGGGGCUCCUGGGUCAAAACACUGGAUUACAGCCUUAAAAGGGUGCAAAAACAAACUAUUCAUUGACUUUUUAAAAAAUUGCCUAAAAUGGGACCCAGAUGCCCGCAUGACCCCUAGCCAGGCCCUGCGCCAUGAAUGGAUCGCUGGACAACAACCUAAGCACCCAGUUACAGAAAAGUUUACUUUUUGAAGCCAAGCUAGCUCUCUCAGACUUGCACAAAUCUGCUAACCAUCACAGGCAAAACAAACAGGUUACCAGUUAAUAACUAAGUAUUUAGUCUAA